UUAGUGAAAUUAUCCCCAAAAGAAACAACAGAUAAAAGAAGAGAAACAAAACUCCGAAAGAAGGGGACACUCCUCUGUUGUUGAAAGAACAAGUCGGUAGUUGUCUGGUACAAUACAAACCUCAAAACUUAACAAAUUCCUUUCUCUAUCGCUCCUACAUCGAUAAAUUUCAGCAAAUCUGAGUUCGCAAGCGAUAAUUUCUCUUGGGCAAAUUGACGAACAGAAAAUGUCUAGCCUAGUGGAGAGGCUUCGUGUGCGAACAGAUCGAAGACCAAUUUACAGUUUGUUUGAUGACUCUGAUGAUGAAGUUGAUAAGAAGUCUGAGCCUAGACAGGAAAACUUUGAGAAAAUUUUCCGUCCUGAUGCGAAAGAUGAAUCCUGUCAAGCUUGUGGAGGAGCGGGCGAUCUUUUGUACUGUGAAUCGUGCACUUAUGCUUACCAUCCCAAGUGCUUACUUCCACCACUAAAAGCUCCCUUUCCUAGCAGUUGGAGGUGCCCUGAGUGUGUAAGCCCCCUAAAUGAUAUUGACAAGAUAUUGGAUUGUGAAAUGCGCCCAACUGUUGCUGAUGAUAGUGAUGCUUCUAAGAUGGGGUCGAAGCAAGUAUUCGUUAAACAAUAUCUUGUUAAGUGGAAAGGAUUAUCAUAUCUUCAUUGCAUAUGGGUGCCUGAAAAAGAGUUUCUGAAAGCUUACAAGUUGCAUCCACGUCUUAAGACGAAAGUGAACAAUUUUCAUCGUCAAAUGUCGUCAAUGACCAACUCCGAAGAGGACUAUGUUGCUAUUCGAUCUGAGUGGACUACAGUUGACCGAAUUCUUGCUUGCAGGGGAGAAGGUGAAGAGAAAGAGUAUCUUGUUAAGUGGAAGGAGCUCUCUUAUGAUGAGUGCUACUGGGAAUUUGAAUCGGACAUUUCUUCUUUUCAGCAGGAAAUUGAACGAUAUCAUAGAGUUCAGUCUCGAGUUGACAAAGCUUCUUUAAGUAAACAAAAGAGUGUGCCUAGAGAGACUACUGAAUCAAAACCGAAACCCAGAGAAUUUCAACAAUAUGAAAGGAGUCCCGAAUUUCUUUCUGGAGGCUCACUGCAUCCAUAUCAGCUUGAAGGGCUGAAUUUCCUACGUUUUGCUUGGUCUAAACAAACACAUGUGAUACUUGCAGAUGAGAUGGGGCUUGGCAAAACGAUACAGAGUAUUGCAUUUCUAGCCUCUCUUUUUGAAGAGGAUAUCUCUCCACAUUUAGUAGUUGCUCCUCUUUCUACAUUGAGAAAUUGGGAGCGGGAGUUUGCCACUUGGGCUCCUCAAAUGAAUGUGGUUAUGUACGUUGGUUCUGCACAAGCUCGUGCUGUUAUUAGGGAAUAUGAAUUUUUCUUUCCCAAAAAUUCUAACAAGAUCAAGAAAAAGAAAUCUGGUCAGACAGUUGGUGAAAGUAAGAAAGAUAGAACAAAAUUUGAUGUCCUUCUGACAUCAUACGAAAUGAUCAACAUGGACUCGACCUCUUUGAAGCCUAUAAAGUGGGAGUGCAUGAUUGUUGAUGAAGGUCACCGUCUCAAAAACAAGGAUUCAAAGUUGUUUUCUUCAUUGAAGCAGUACUCUAGUAGACAUCGUGUCCUUUUGACUGGAACUCCUCUUCAGAACAAUCUGGAUGAACUUUUCAUGCUUAUGCACUUCCUUGAUGCUGGGAAGUUUGGAAGCUUGGAGGAAUUCCAACAGGAAUUUGAGGAUAUUAGUCAGGAAGAACAGAUUUCAAGACUUCAUAAAAUGCUGGCACCCCAUCUGCUGAGAAGGGUCAAGAAAGAUGUCAUGAAGGAGCUGCCUCCAAAAAAGGAGCUCAUUUUGCGAGUGGAAUUGAGUAGCAAGCAGAAAGAAUAUUACAAAGCAAUUCUGACACGUAACUUCCAGAUACUGGCUCGCAAGGGAGGUGCUCAGAUUUCCCUCAUAAAUGUGGUUAUGGAACUGCGCAAGCUCUGCUGUCAUCCAUUUAUGUUAGAAGGUGUUGAACCAGAGGAUACUAACGAGUUUACCAAACAACUGCUGGAAUCUUCUGGCAAAUUACAACUUCUUGACAAGAUGAUGGUUAAGCUUAAUGACCAAGGUCACAGAGUUCUUAUAUAUUCACAAUUUCAGCAUAUGCUCGACUUGCUAGAAGACUACUGUACCUAUAAGAAAUGGCACUACGAACGGAUUGAUGGAAAAGUUCCUGGGGCAGAAAGACAAAUCCGAAUUGACAGAUUUAAUGCAAAGAAUUCUUCAAGAUUCUGUUUCCUGCUAUCCACUAGGGCUGGAGGUUUAGGAAUUAAUCUUGCAACUGCUGACACAGUAAUUAUUUAUGACAGUGAUUGGAAUCCCCAUGCUGACCUACAAGCAAUGGCUAGAGCUCAUCGGCUUGGACAAACAAACAAGGUAAUGAUUUUUCGACUCAUAUUAAGAGGAACCAUCGAGGAAAGAAUGAUGCAAAUGACUAAGAAGAAAAUGGUUUUGGAGCAUUUAGUUGUUGGAAGGCUUAAAGCACAAAAUAUCAACCAGGAAGAACUGGAUGAUAUUAUAAGGUAUGGGUCAAAAGAGUUAUUUGCUGAUGAGAAUGAUGAGGCUGGAAAAUUGCGACAAAUACAUUACGAUGAUGCUGCAAUAGAUAGAUUGCUCAAUCGCGAUCAAGUUGUAGAUGAGGAUGCUGUUGUGGACGAUGAAGAAGAGGAUUCAUUUUUGAAGGCCUUCAAGGUAGCUAAUUUUGAGUAUAUAGAAGAAGCAGAAGCAACACCAGAAGAAGAUAUCCCAACUCCUCCCUUCGAGAACAAAGCAACAGUACUCAAUUCUGAGAGAGCAACCUACUGGGAAGAAUUGUUACGAGAUAGAUAUGAAAUGCAUAAAGUCGAAGAAUUCAAUGGUAUGGGCAAGGGAAAGAGAAGUCGUAAACAGAUGGUGUCUGUUGAAGAUGAUGAUCUUGCUGGUUUGGAAGAGGUGACCUCUGAUGGCGAGGAUGAUAACUAUGAAGCGGAUUUGACUGAUGGUGAGACAGCUUUACCUGGAGCGCCAGUUGUGAGAAGGCCUUACAGAAAGAGAGCCCGUGUGGACUCUUCUGUACCACUUCCUUUGAUGGAAGGAGAAGGAAAAUCAUUCAGAGUAAUGGGGUUUAAUCAAAGCCAGAGGGCCGCAUUUGUCAAAAUUUUAAUGAGGUUUGGAGUUGGAGACUAUGACUGGGCAGAAUUCACACCACGACUGAAGCAGAAAACUUAUGAAGAAAUAAAAGAUUAUGGAUUUCUGUUUUUGUCUCAUAUCGCUGAAGAUAUUACUGAAUCACCAACAUUUACAGAUGGGGUUCCAAAAGAAGGAUUAAGAAUACCCGAUGUGCUACUGCGGAUUGCAGUCUUGCUUCUUAUAAGAGACAAGGUCAAGGCUUUCUCGGAAGAGACAACUAGUCCUCUUUUUGCCAAGGAUAUUGUGUCUUGGUUUCCUGGAUUAAAAGGUGGACGUGUUUGGAAGGAAGAUCAUGAUUUGCUGCUGCUACGAGCAGUACUAAAGCAUGGUUAUGGAAGAUGGCAAGCUAUUAUCGAUGACAAAGAGUUGAGAAUCCAAGAAGUUGUCUGUAAAGAGCUGAAUCUUCCUUCUAUAAGUUUACCAGUGCCUGGAGCUUCUCAGCCACAAGUUCCUCCUGCUCCUGGAGCUUCCCAGGCGCUUCCCGCUUCAGGGGUUUCACAAGCACAAGUUUCUGCUCCAGGAGUCUGUGAAGCACCAAAUGGUGUGAAUCCAGCUAAUGCUGGAACUACUGGAAAUCAGGUGAAGGCUGCUGAUGAGACUAACCAUGAAGUCUCACAUGGCACAAGUGAUCCUUCAAAUAGAACCCAACUUCAUCAAGAUUCUUCUUUGUUAUAUCAUUUUAGAGAGAUGCAGAGAAGGCAAGUUGAAUUUAUAAGGAAAAGGGUGAUGCUUCUUGAGAAUGCAAUUAAUGCUGAAUAUCAGAGAGAAGUUGUUGGUUACGGAAAACCGCAUGAACUGCCUGGGAAAGAGAUGGAGUACGACACCAAAAUUGUAGACGAACUAAGUCGAAGUGUUGAGGCAGCUGGCACUGAAAUGGUUAAUAAUUUCCCAAAACUUAUUGCAAUUUCCCCACAGGAAAAAUCUGAAGUUGCUUGUGAUGCUGAAGUGGAUCGUUUGACUGUUGCUCAGCUUUACAAUAAGAUGUGCAAGGUACUUUCUGACUAUGGUGAAGAUUCAUUUAAUGCAGUAGCAAGUCAGCCAGCUAGUCUGGCGAUAAAAAGGAACCUCCUUCCACUGGAGGCCUUUUUCCAAGAGAUGAAACAAGUACUUUCUUCCGCGCAUCAGAAUCCUGGUAAUGUUCCAAGGAGAGAACUUCAAGAAGAUUGGAAGCCCCAAGGUGGAAAACCCUUUCCAGGGCCAUCAUUUCUAAGGGAUGGUGGGCUUCAUAGUGCUGAGGAAAAACAUGACAAUUUUCCAACAGGUACAGCAUCUGGGUCCGCCAGUACUAGCAAUUUAACAGCUCCGAUGACAACAGAAAGCAAUAUGCCCCACAAUAUUAGACCUUCGGAGAUUCCUGGAGUGGAGAUGAAACGCUGCAGUUUAAAUGGAGAUACUGAUAUAGAGAUGGUGGAAAAGCAAGAUGAUACUGAUGUUAGCACCACCAAUGUUGCGAUGGAUAUAACAGAAUGAAACCGGUUUUAAGGGCGUUCCAUUUGUUGACUGAGUAAAAUAUGUAGAGAAAUAGACAAAUCUCCUAGGAAGCCAUUAUAGAAUGACUACAAGAGAGCUACUGUUUUCCUUUUUCUUAUUUUUGUUUCCCACUCGUCAAAUACUCCCUUUGAAAUGCGAAAACAUACUUUACUUACCUGCAUAAGCAGAAGAGAUUAGUGUCUUGAUCGAUUGUUUGAAUCAAAGCACAAGUCUGUAGGAUAGAUGCAGGGCAAGUGUGCAUUUGUGCUGGAGUCUAUUUUCCUUUCAACAUCCCAUCUAUAUAUAUAAAGGGACCAUGCUGUAAAAUUGUAACUUCAAUAUAUUGACAGCAUACUAUAUAUAAAUGGACAAGUUGUAAAAUUAUAACUCUA